GUUUCAGUUCGCUUCUUAUUAUGGAGAUCACAUGGUUCUGCAGAAAGCCCCAGCCAAAGCAGUCGUGUGGGGGUAUGGGAAGACAGGAGCCAAGGUUGCGGUGUCGUUGUCUGGACCAUUUAAGAUCUCAGCGAAUUAUGCUCCUGUUAUCAAUGGUAUUUGGCGUACAACUCUCAGCCCUGUGGGGGCUGGCGGUCCCUACAACCUGACUGCAUCUCAGAGCACAACUGAUAGUUCCAUCUCACUCAUAGAUGUCCUCUUUGGAGACAUCUGGUUAUGUGGUGGACAGAGUAACAUGGCAUUCACUGUUGGUCAAGUAUAUAAUGCAAAAGAGGAGCUGGCCAUGGCUUCUAAGUUCCCUUAUGUGAGGAUCUUCCAGGCUGCCUUGGAACAGAGCAGUGUGGAGCUAAAUGAUCUUGCAGGAGUGGAAGUUCCUUGGUCCCGACCAACAGCGGAAUUGCUUGGUGGAAAGGAUUUCAGCCAUUUCUCUGCAGUAUGCUGGCUCUUUGGUCGAUACCUCUAUGAGAUACUGCAGUAUCCAAUAGGGUUGGUAGAAUCGUGUUGGGGAGGCACACCUGUGGAAGCAUGGUCAUCCCAAAGGGCUCUUCUUAAGUGUGGAUUGAAGAGCUCAGUUAGCAGUGUUCUUUAUAAUCAGCUGCCUGUGCAAAGCAACUUUUGGGACGACAUCUCUGCAGCAUGGGACAGUUCAGUGCUGUGGAAUUCUAUGAUUCAUCCAUUACUCAACAUGACCAUAACAGGGGCCAUAUGGUACCAAGGUGAGGCAAAUGUUGACCACAAUAGGGAUAAAUACAACUGCUCUUUCCCUGCCAUGAUUGAUGACUGGAGGAUAGCUUUUCAUGAAGGCUCAGAUGGCCAAACGGCACUAGACUUCCCAUUUGGAUUUGUACAGCUAAGUACAUGGCACAACAAUUCGCAAGAUGGAUUUAGAGAAAUACGCUGGCAUCAGACAGCAGACUAUGGCUUUGCCCCUAAUGAACGCAUGAAGAACACAUUUAUGGCUGUUGCUAUUGACUUGCCUGAUGAAAAAUCCCCCUGGGGCAGUAUCCACCCACGUUAUAAACAGGAUGUGGCAUACAGACUUGUGCUAGGAGCAAGAGCUGUCGCCUAUGGGGAGAAGAAUGUGUCCUUUCAAGGACCUUUUCCAACUCAGGGCCUGCUCAACCAGUCUUUCAUUAGCAUCGUGUUUAAUCAGGACAUUUCUGCCAGCCUUGAUGAUGAUUUUUUUGAGGUCUGCUGCUCUGCGAAUAAGAUGUGUGGAACAGACCAGUCAUGGUUGCCUGUUCCCAUUAUAAAACAGGGCUCUGAUUAUGUCAUUUUAAGUAUAUCUCCAUGUCCCACUGAACAAAUUGCUGCUGUGCGUUAUCUCUGGAAAGACUGGCCCUGUAAAUUUAAAGCCUGUCCCAUCUACAGUUCUGAUGAAGUCUUACCUGCACCACCCUUCAUCCUAUACCGGUCAUCAAACUAGUGACCAACACCACUGAAUCGCUGAAGGUUUAGAAACUGUCCAAUCAGUGAGAUUUCCUGUUUUAUCAUAUAGGUUGCAGAACAAUUAUAUAACAUGUAAAAUAUAUCGGGGGUGAGAGAUAACAAUAAUUCUUUGUAGGUUUUGAUGUGAUAGAUUAAAAAAAAUGUUUGGCUACAUAAGCUGAAUAUGUACAGGAUACUGUGUAUUGCUUCCUUUAUGUGCCAUCAGAAUUAUCGUAAAUACUGUAUGUACUGAAAUAGUAAAUACUGAAAUACAACGGUCUGAAUGCAGGCAGUUGUGUAAAAUGACAUGUUGCACAUGAACUUAAUUACGUGAUAAUUUUGAUCAUCUCGGUUACGUAUUGUACCUCGGUUCCCUGAGAUGAAGGUAACGAGACACUGCGUCUCUUAAGCUAAUGCUAAUGGGAGUGUCCUUCUACACAAUCUAGUUGAAACCUUUGUACAAUAACACCUGGAUUGGCUAUGGUGUUUAAGCCUUGCCCUUUUAGACACGAAGCUGUCCAGUAUAAAAGCGGGCAUGUAAACACCAUUCCUCACUCUGAGGGACAAAGAGCGCGCAUCGCUCACACCUCAAAAAGCCUGAGUCCGUAGUGCGGCCAGCUUACGCAAUGUCUCGUUCCCUGUAUCUCAGGGAACCGAGAUUACAUACGUAACCGAGAUGUUCCCUUACGAUUCAGUACACUUGAAAUUGCAUCAUUUAAGCUGACGCUAAUGGGGAACAGAGUCCCAUCACGCUGCACUACAUGACAUAACCUUCCCAGAGAGGAAACAUUACGCCGUAGUCCUGCGGGACGGCGACCGACAUGGGUAUGCCGCAAGUGAAUGACCCUCAUGGUGAGCAAGGAGGGGAACACUCAGAAUAUAUAUAUGAACUAUGGUCAUAUAUUAUGAAUUAACCCCUUCAUGAACCCAGUCGGGAAGGAAGUUUAUUUGUAAUAAAAGUGCCUGUGGGAAAUACAACGGUCUGAAUGCAGGCAGUUGUGUAAAAUGACAGGGAGCCUGUACUUAAAAAGAGGGACAUAAGUAUAUGUUUGACCUAUGAAAUAGCAAGCGCUCUAGACAGAGAGGACUUGCUAUGAGAGAGACGUUAUGUCUAGGUUGUAAAACCUUGCGAAUGUGUUUUGAAAAGACCAUCCUGCUGCAAAAUAUGUAAUGUAAGGACACACCGUUCAUAAAUGCCCAUGAAGAGGCCACGCCUCUAGUUGAGUGUAGUUUACCAUCAACUGGUCAAUUCGCACCCUGCGACUCGUAAGCCAGGGCAAUCGCAUCAACGAUCCAGUGAGAAAGUUUUUGCUUGGAGAUAGACAUUCCUUUCGCGCAUCCUCCAUAGCUCACACAGAGCUGGUCAGACAGUCUGAAUCGGCGGGUGCGCUCAACGUAUGUGUGUAGUGCUCGCAAAGGGCAUAAAAAAAUGCAAGGACUGUUCCUCAUCCGAAUUAAAUGGAGGAGGGAAAAAGGCUUGAAGGUGAACCACCUGCGCUCUGAAGAGUGUGGUUAGAACCUUAGGCACAUAGCUUUUUCUGGGUUUGACAGUGGUUUUUGAAAGACCAGGACCAAAUUCCAGACAUGAAUUGUCAACUGACAGUGUUGCAAAUCACGACCCGGUUUCACGGAGGCCAAAGCCAGCAGUAAUGUGGUCCUAAGAGAAAGCACACGCAAUUAAACACAGUCUAGAGGCUCGAAGGGAGGCCCCGCAAGUGCUUUUAGGACCAAAGUUAUGUCCCAAGUCCAGACUGUAGACGGGCAAGGGGAUUUAGCUGUCCCGCCCCCUUAAGGAAUUUUUAUGAUCAAAUCAUGUUUGCCUAUAGAGGUGCCGGCUUCAGGUGCGUGAUACGCAGAUAUAGUCGCCACAUAAACUUUGAGCAUUGACGGAGUGAGCCCUGCGUCCAAUCGCUCUAAAAGAAAUGUACAAAUUUAUGCUAUGGGGCAGUUCACUGGGUCUUUACCAUGUGAAAAGCACCAAUUAGUGAACAUAUUCCAUUUCAGUGUGUAAAGGCGACUCGUGGACAGUGUUCUAGCCUGUAAAAUUGUGUUCAUAACCGACUGAGCCAAUUCUGGCUCGUCCGCUGUGCUCCGUUCACAGGCCACACGUGUAGGCUUCACAGCUCUGGCUGGGGAUGACAAAUCGUCUGUUUGAUAGAGAAGGUCUCUCCUCAGCGGUAUUUCCCAUGGAGGCCUGUCCAGUAUUUCUACCAUCUCCAGAAACCAGGACUGAUUGGGCCAUUUCAGUGCAAUUAACAGAACAGUUUCCAUAUCCAUUCUGACUUUGCUGAUGACAGAAUGGAGGUUCACCAAGGGAAACGCAUACUUGCGUUUCGCCGGCCAUACAUGGGCCAGGAAUUAAAAGCUCUCAAAGCUAGAAAGACAGCCAGUAGCUCUAGGCGGUUGACAUGCCACGCCCGUUUCGCACCUGACCAAGUGUCGAAAGUCGGUCAUCCAUCAUACACCACGCCCCAACCUGUGUUGGAUGCAUCUGUAUUCAGCACUUUCUUCCUGAAAAUUUGACCCAGCAUAACACCCUGUUGGUAAAAUGCCAGUGCUGUCCAUGGUGCUAGAGCAACCAGACAGCGCUGAGUCACCGCGAUGCGCAUGCGCCCGAUGCUCCAGUUGCAAUGUGGAACAUCGCUUGAGCCAGUACUGGAGAGGUCUAAUGUUUAAGAGACCUAACGGUAUGAUGGCGGAUGCUGCUGCCAUGAAACCCAGCAUUCUCUGAAAUGACUUCAGUGGUAAUGUUUUUCCAGUUUGAACUUAGUCAGACACCAAAGAAUGGUCUGUACGCAUGCUCACGGUAUCGAGACAAACUCCUAAAAAGGAGAUUUGCUGGCUAGGGAAAAGUGUGUUUUUCGCCCAGUUGACAUUAGACCAGAUUUUCCAUAUGGCAAAGCAGCAAGUCUCUGAUUAGCUAGUAAUAACCCAUCGCCGAGGUAAUUCAAAACACACAUACCGUUCAUUUUCAAUGGGGUGAGCGCCGCAAUGAUAUUUCGCUGAGGCAGCUGCCUUCGUUUGGGCCACGGCUUUACCGGCGGCUCGGUGGCAACAUUUGGCGGCACUGAGGCAGCAGGCACUGGCCCGAGACAGAGCGGGAUCGAGUCAGUUGUGAUGAAGUACUGCUCCAUUUUGGCAUAAAAUGUCUCAUAGCCUGUGAGUGUUGCUGAGUCGUGAUGUACCACUCAGCAAAUCUAUCCACAGAGCAGCCGAAAAGGCCAUCUGGAGACACCGGGGCAUCAAAUAGAGCAGCUUUUUCUGCAUCCCGCAUUUCCGUGAGGGUCAGCCAGAUGUGACGAUCCAAAACCACCAGGUUGCCCAUUGACUUGCCAGUGGCCUGUGCAGUGACUUUUGUGGCUCGCAGUGCUAAGUCCGUAGCUUGGAGCACCGCCAUCACGUGGAGUGCUGAACCAGCUUGGCCCGCUGCUGAGUAUGCUUCUCCAGCCAGUGCGGACGUCAUUCGACACUGCUUGGAAGGAUGAACGGGGCGUGAUUUCCACCUACCACCUCUUCCACACGGGUUAGUUGGGCAUAACCUUUGUCUUCCCCGUGGUCCACUUUAGUGAUUAGAGUGCAAUCGCUGUGCGAGCGAGCUGAAUAGGUCGUGUAGAAGGACACUCCCAUUAGCGUCAGCUUAAGUGAUGCAAUGUCAAGUGUACUGAAUCGUUAGGGAAACCCAGAGUUUCCGAAUUGGAAGACGUCAACAUUCAACAUGGAGCAGGAGAGUACAGUUUCAAUAGUGAAUAAUGGUUUUAUUCACUUUUCUAAAUGCAGCUACCAUAUUAUCACUUGCCAUUUCAGUCAUAUUCAUUUAGGUAUAUUAGUGAUUAUUUGAUGAUUAUUGUACAUUUUUACACAGACAAAAUAGCAUGUAUUUCACCAAAAUUCCAUCAUCGUCAGCCAUUUGGCUAGCAUGUAUUACGGUGUAAAAAUAAGAGUUCCCCAAGAAAUAUGCAUAAAUGAACUUGGCAUCCAUGUUUCUGACAACAAAGCACUUGAACGUAACAAGCUUGUAAUUACGACUUCAGAAGUGGGAAGUUGGAUAAUUCUGAUAGCACCUGAAGGCAGCAUACAUUUUAAGUGGAGAGCUGUCUGAAGAAAUUUCCAUGAAAUUCACACCAGUUUUCACUUAAAAUUGUGUCCUUUUUGAGGUCACACACUGUUAAAUUCAUUUUAUGUGAGAUAAUAUUCAAAAUGUAUAAACAGACUACUUUGUAUGACUUUUUAUCUUUCAUAAAAUAAGUUUGAGGUUAAUGUUUUUCUCACCACAAGCAUAAUUUUGAUUCUCGUUUAAUGGCUUAAAAGAAAAAGUAUCUUAUGUGCAAAUUCAUUUAAAUACUACAAGAAUGUGGGGGAAUUGCAAUAAUGAAUACAACAUGGACAUCAAAUCCAUCCUGACAUUGUUCAUAUUAUGAUAUUUUCUAUGGGUUUGUCUUCAUUAAGUUGACUGAUCAAAACUAUUUUUUUUUCCUUUUGGGGCCUUCAGGCAAAUUUGAAAUGUUCACAAACUGGGUCACUCUUUGGCUGAUGUUAACAGUGAACUGGUCUUUCACUGCUUUCUGAAAAUGUAGGCCUACUUGUAAAGCACUUUAUCUGUGCCUUCACCACAUGACAAACCUGUUUUUCUAAGGUAUGUUGUAAGAUAUGGUCAAACUAGUAGUAAUACUUUUAAACGAAAACCUGGAUAAAUACACAGAUUAAUAACUUUAUUUACAUAGUGACUAUAGAAAAAUGGGGUCUUGAACUUGACUGACAAACCCUCUGCUAAUGGCAGAUGUGUGGGUCUUUUGGCUGCAGUUCAAUAGACUGCCACUGAGAUGAGCAAAAGAGGAUAUUACAUAAGGCAAAGCGUAAAAAUGUAAUUUGCAUAUUAAAUUGAUUCAAUUUUGGUGCUAAUUACUGAAGAACUUUUAAAUGUAUAUAAUGUUUAUGAUACAUUUGUAACAUUUCUAAAACCAUUUAAUAUUAAUACUGAUCUUAACAUGGUGGUAAAAGGUGAUACAACCAGUUGGGCGCUCGAGAGGUACAGUAAACUUGACAAUAGACACAGAAUAACAGCAAAAGGUCAUAGAAAUCAAUGCGGGUAGAAUGGCAAUUAUUAGGAUUCAGAUGGGCGAGGUUUAGCGACCCAGGGUUGUCUCAUAUUGGCAAGGUACACUGCAUCUAAAUCUUAACCCUUUACAGUGAAUAUUUAAAGUGUGAUUGUCAUUCAGUUAUCUUCCAGACCACUGCUUGCGUAAUAUAUCUUGCAGGUUGCGAUUUAACAACAAUAAUACAGAACUGAACAACAGCACAGAAUAAAUUUUGUACACAGAUUAUGUUUUGUCUUAAUAACAAAGUCAUAGAAGUAUUAUACAAAAUAUUGCAUAAGGUUUAUCCAGCAAAAUGUCUUGGAAAGAUAUAAACUGAACAUUUCAUAUACCUGUGAAUUAUGUUAACUGGAUUAUAUUAUAAAAUUACUUUUGUUUUA